ACCUGUUUCCAUUCUCUCGUUGGUAUUAUUUCCAAGAGAACGCGAGAAAGUGUUAUCUUGGACUGGGACAGUAAAGAAGCAGACAGACGAAGAGAUGGACAGAGAAUGGGGUUCGAAGCCCGGUAGCGGAGGCGCCGCCUCCGCCCAGAACGAAGCCAUCGACCGCCGUGAACGGUUGCGGAGACUCGCCCUCGAAACCAUCGAUCUCGCCAAAGAUCCCUAUUUCAUGCGCAACCAUCUCGGCAGUUAUGAGUGCAAGCUUUGUUUGACACUGCACAACAAUGAGGGGAAUUACUUGGCCCAUACACAGGGGAAGCGGCACCAGACGAACUUGGCCAAGAGAGCUGCUCGCGAGGCCAAGGAAGCACCAGCUCAGCCUCAGCCUCACAAGCGAAAAGUCACUCUCCGAAAAUCAGUGAAAAUUGGUAGGCCUGGUUACCGAGUGACAAAGCAGUUUGAUCCAGAGACAAAGCAGAGGUCUCUUCUCUUCCAGAUUGAAUAUCCUGAGAUUGAAGACAAUACUAAGCCGAGGCAUCGUUUUAUGUCAUCUUUUGAGCAGAAAGUCCAAUCCUUUGAUAAAAGAUACCAGUUUCUUAUGUUUGCGGCUGAACCGUACGAAAUCAUCUCUUUUAAGGUUCCAAGUACGGAAAUUGACAAAUCAACUUCCAAGUUCUUCUCUCAUUGGGAUCCAGACUCAAAAAUGUUUACGUUGCAGUUAUACUUCAAAUCUAAGCCACCGGAGACAAAGCAAGCCCAACCCACUGCUGCAGCCAAUGGAACAGCAGCACCUGGUGUCCCACCCAGGCCUUUGCCCCCACCACCCCAAGCUCCACCUCCGCCACAAGGAAUUCAAAUGGGUAAUCCUCCUAGAGGCCCUCCACCAUCUGUGCCUGGGUCUUUGCCACCACCCCCUCCUCCAAUGGCAAAUGGACCUAGGCCCAUGCCUCCAGGUGGAAACCUACCUGCCCCACCGCCACCCUCAGUGGGCGGUGGUUCAAUGGCUAAUUUUACUCCUGGGGCACAGAUGGCAAGACCUCCAAUGCCGCCUCUGCCAGUAUUUCCAGGCCAACAGAUGCAGGGGCAUGGGGUUCGGCCACCGCCACCCCCUUCCAACAUGGGAUAAUAGGUAUUUUUGCCGUGCACUCUACAUCAUCAAGCCGAUAUGUGAUAGAACUUUACAGCAAAACAAAACAUUCAAGGUCAGAGGUCUUGUUCUUGAUUAAAUGGGAAAAUGGAGCUGAUUAGUAAAGCUUAAGCACUCGAUUCUCGCCUUAUUUUUUCAUCCUCUUACUUUAUUCCCUCUAAACAGUUGUCCCUUGUUUGGUGCUGAAGUUGCCAUUGGCUGUAGAAAACCUAUAAGAUAAUGUCUGUAUUUCAUGUUUGGGAUACCUCUCCGUGCAAUGUUUUACAUUUUUAAUGUUAGAGAGCAUCUUUUUUUUAAUAUGGA